AUGUCGAAACAAUACCUAACCCUCCACACGGUGGACCAAGCCCACCCAACAGAAAUCUUCGCCCUAGCACCCACUCCCACCACCCUAAUCUCCGCCUCCGGCUCCUCCCACAUCCUCAUCCACAGCACCACCACCUCCCCAACCUUUCCUCUCGUGCAGACCCUCUCCAACGCCCACAGGCUAGGUUGCCACCACGUUACCACCGCGCGCGGCCUCGGCUCUUUGGGAAACACUUUUGUCUCCGUCGGUUUCGGCGGCGAGACCAAAGUCUGGCGUCGCAACAAUAACCCGUCCUCUUCAGAAACCUCCGAAUCCGAUAAAUGGUCUCUCUACUGGACUUUACCCACACCCGCGAAUAAGAAGGAAAAAGGCGACGUCUGGGCUGUGGCGCUUAGUGCCGACGAGGGAUACCUAGCUGCUACUACUAGCGAUGGAAGGAUUCAUGUGUGGGAUUUGGAGGGAAAACAAAAAGUGCAGACGUAUGAGACUGGUGCGUCCGCAGGUGGCGGUGGUGGUGGACAACAGGAUGGUAGUAAUGGGGUAGGAAGUGGAAGCUUUGCCAUGGCGGUGGACUUAAGCAGGGACGGCAAGUUCACGGCUAGUGGACAUGAGAAUGGCGGGGUGUAUGUGUUUAAUAAUGAUGCGGGGCGUAUGGUUUAUUCACUUUCUGGCCUAGCAAAACCAAUCCGCGCCAUCGCCUUCUCCCCGGGCUGCAAACGUCUCGCCGCAGCCGGCAACGCCGGCAUAAUCGCCAUCUACGACAUGCAGCACGGCGAGCACGUAGCCAACCUCAGCGCCACAGGCUCUCGACCGGCAUGGAUCACUUCUAUCGACUGGAACGACACGGGCGAAUACCUUCUGAGCGGCUCCUUGGACGGAAAAGUCAGAGUGUGGGAUGUCGCGAGGGGAGUCUGCGUCGCGACGCACAGCGAGACCGAGAGCGCCCUCUGGUGUGUCAGAUGGUUGCCCAAAUCGGAGAAGGCGUUGGCUCCGGGUAUGGGCAAGGGCGAGAUGUUUGCGGCUGCGGGGGCGAAUAGGAGUUUGACGUUUUAUCGGGAGGCUACUGGGUCAUAG